AUGGGCCAUGAUGGUAAGUAUGACCCCAAUUUGGCGGGUCACUUCGCUGCACAGGGCUUUGAACCUGGCGUCCUUUGCCUCAGGUGGUUCACGCUGCUCUUCGCGGCGGAGUUCACCGGAGCGUCCGAGCCGCUGCUGCGCUACUGGGACGCCUUCCUGGCCGAGGAGGAGCGCUUCGAGUUGCCGGGGUACCUGUGCGUGGCGCUGCUGAUGGAGCAUCGGGAUGAGCUGCUGGAGUGUCGAAAUGUCGUGGAGCUGGCUGAGGUCGUCCAAGAACUGCCUCGUCGGGCGCCAAAUGGGGAAGCCACGGGCAGCUCAGUACUACGCAGAGCUUUGGCCCUGCGCUGCUUCCAGCGCCGCAGCGCGUUGGGGUCAACGCCGACCUUUCCAGCACCGAGCACAGCAGAGCUGGUGACAGGCAGAGACGGCUGCGCGAUCUUCGCGCGUGCGCGUGUGGCGGUGGCCGACAGCCACUCGUUCCGUGUGAGGGACGUCGUGGAGAGGCAUUUCCCAGCGGCGCUGGAGCUGCGCCGCACAGCAGGGCUGUCCGCGGCCUUGUGGCGGGAGCUGCAUGAGAAGCUCACCUUGGCUGUGGCAGUUGACCUUGACUGCGAGGAUGGGAGGAAGCUGCGCGUGGCGACGAGUCAUCUCUACUGGGAUCCACGCUUCCCGGACUUGAAGCUUUUACAGGCCUUUCUUCUGGACCAAGAAUUGUCCGACUUCACGGGCGGACUGAUUCUGGCCGGUGAUCUCAAUAGCACUCCAUUGCUGGAUGGCCGCUCCAGUGGUGAAGGCGUGCUCUCAGGCGUCUACCAGCUGCUCACGCAAGGCGACGUGGAGGUGUUGCACCCACAUCACCCGGUGCAGAUGCGUCCCAAGGUGGGCAUUUUGAAGGGUCUCCAACCUCAGGACGUACCAGAGUUUCGCAUCUCUCCCUACCGCAGCGCUGCGGUGGAAGCACGUGGUGCUGAGGCAGCGACGAACGCCUCGGCCGACUUCGUGGGAUGUUUGGACUACAUCCUCUACAAAGGACCCCAGCUGCGCCUCGUGGGUGCCACCUGGCCCGAUGCCGCCACACUACCGGGUGGAGUGCUGCCCUCCGAGGAGCAGAUACGCUCAGCCAGCUUCGACCAAUUCACGGCCGUUUUCCAGAGCGUUUGGCCAUCGAAAGAGUUCCCGAUGGAUGGUUUGGGGAAUCAGUUGGACACCGGUCAUGAGUCCGAGGAUGUUGCGGAUGUCACUCCUGUGGUGGUCUUGUUGAUCGUUCAGGCGUGGCCUCGAAUCGAGGCUCAGGUGCCGGAGAUCGCGGAUUUGCACUUGGAGCCCUCGCUUUUCCCGGCGAUCUUGGGCUUUUUCACCUACACCGUGGGGAAGGCAGAACCUUUUGAACCGUUUGCGGGAGGAGCGCGAGAGGUUUUCCUGCUCUGGGGCGCCUCUUUGGCGUCCGGCUUCAGUGCUACCCCUGUGGGGAAGGUCGUGGAGAUGCUGCAAGACAUGAAGUCCGAGGGCGAGAAGGCCAAGAAGGACGAAAAGGUGCAGUUUGCGGCUUACAAGCAAUUCUGCGAGACCACGGAGGCACAAAAGGUGCGAGUGAUUCAGGAUGCCAAGGACAAGGUGGAGGUCCUCACCGCCCAAGUGGAGAAGGGAGAGUCUGAUGCCUCCAAGUUGGCAGAGGAAAUCGCCGAACAUACGAAGGACCUGGAAUCCGCCUCGGCGGAGAAGGAGGCGCUCGUGGCCGCUCGCUCGAAGGAGCGUGAGGCCUUCGACAGCAUGCUGCAGGAUUACGUGGAAUCCAUCGAAGCCAUCGGACGGGCUUUGAAGGAGUUGAAGGCCAACACAGCCAAGAACGAGGAAGGCGCUCUAGUGCAGCUGAGUGCACUGAAGCUGCCGGACAAGGCCAGCAGAGGCUUGCAGGUUCUGAUGGCGGACAACUUUGAGGACAAACUCCUGAGCUUCUUGGGCGAGGAGACCGGGUCCGUCGCCACGAGACAGUCCGGCGGCAUUGUGGAUAUGCUUGAGAAAUUGGAGGAGAAGUUCAUGGAUGAACGCCUGGAGAUCGAGAAGGAGGAAACGGCGAAACGCCAUGCGCACGAGCUCUUAGCACAGAGCCUCACCCGCAAAGCCGAGGAGGCCGGCAAGGAGAAGCAGCAGAAGGAGACGCUGAAGGCCAAGAAGCUGCAAGAGAAGGCCUCCGCCGCUGGGGACUUGUCUGAAACCGAGGUUCUGGAUGGAGCCGAAGUGCCACUACCGAGUGCUGGGCAUUCAGGCUCGGAGCUUCCGGGAGAGGAGCAGGCAACUUUGCCCGAGAUCAAGAAGGCCUACAAGGACUUGAGCAGAAGACAUCAUCCUGACAAAAGCCAAGAUCCGAAUGCGACAGCUCGAUUCCAAAGGAUCGCGGAAGCGUAUCAGGAACUCAAAGACCAAGAGAGACGUGCGAGGUAUGACGCAAAGAGAUUCUUGGAACCUAUCUUCGAAAAACUAGGUCUCUCUGUGGACGAUUGGAUGGCCAGACACGUCGCAUCGAGCUCGAGCCUCGAGCUCGUUCGCAUCGAGCUCAACGUUGUUGGGCGUUUGGAGCCCCUGAUGCCUGCUCUUGGGAGUGGCUAUCACCUUUUUCGCAGCCCUACUUGUGGAGUCGUCUUGAUCGUGGCGCCAGCGGGGGCUAGUCUGGAAGCAGGAAGACAACGGCUUAGAGAGUGCAUCGAUGAGCUCACUGGUCUUCGUGCUCCUCCUGGUGGACUGAUCUUCAUUGUGCCCAGCAACCGCCUCGACGUCGUGCCCAGGAUGGUCCUUGCUUUGCCGCAACUCUUGUGGCAGUUCGGUGCCUCCAUCAGCCAAGUGGCGCAUGACCGAAUCGUUGCUCGCGGCCCGGCCACGGCGCUGCCCGCAGCGGUGCAACAACUGCAGUGGUGGAUGGACUUCUAUGGACUUGUCCAGCUCCCAGAUGGUCAGCAGCUGGAUGCAUGGCAAUAUGCGCAUGCAUGUGAGUUGCAUCACAUUCAAGGCUUGGCGCCCAUGAAUCGCGAGCCUGAUGCUGCUGAAAGCCGCAGUAUGAUGGAGCACGUUUUGCAAUUGUCCACUCCGGCCCAGCUGACACUGGUGGAGCUGGCUGUGAGAUGUUUGCAAUCCAACCUUCAGUUCACCACCGCUUUGGCGCGAAGCGUUUCUUCAGGGGCGGUCUAUGCUGAGUACAGUGAAAAGUCAGGGGACGUGCUUGCCAGGGCGCGUUUGGCGUGUGCCUUUGCUUCAUUGGCUUCCAGCAGCACAUCCAUAGCCAGGGCCGUUGUGAAUCAUCGCAUUGCCAACGAUGCGCAAGUGCAAACGAUGAUGCGUUUGGGGCCGUUCUUGGACAGCGCCGAUGGUCUUUUUCUCAGAUCGAGGGGUUUCAUUGCAGCCAAGGAUGCUGUGCCAUCUGAUGGACAAUGGCACCAGUGGGAAGAGCUCUUGCGGCCCAAAGGGAGUUUGGCAAUGUUCUGGCAACACUUGUGCAAGGUCCUUCCCUCUUCAGUGAUCCUGCCAGUGGAGUGGCAUGAAGUGCCAGAGGUGAUGACCUUGAGUCUGAAGCAUUGCCUGGGCUCAACCUUUGAGGUGGACACCCAUAAGGGCCUCCGGAAGGUUUCAAUGACCACCAUGCCCGGCGACCCCGUUGCGGGCGACCCCUCGGUUGGGCCGGUUCGAUUGGUGGAGGAAGUGGAGGAUCAGAUCUUUGAGCUCAAGCUGCCGCAGGGAGAUUCAGCCAGUUUGGACCUUGUGCAGAGAAAACAUCGGAGUGGACUUGGUGACCAGCUCGAUCGCACCUGGUACGAGCAGCACAGGCACUCCUUUGAGCUGGUCGAGUCCGAGUCAGUGCCACGUGUGAGGCUCACUCCCAGUGCACGUGAGAGAGCUGAAUUGAGGAGUCUCGAAAGAGAGCGGGAAAAGCUCCGAAUGCAGGAGAGGCGUGUUGCUGAGGCAGUGCUCGCAGAGCUCUCUCCACGCCUCCAGGAUCUCCCACGAAGCUGUGAAGGUAAAGAGCUUGCUGCACUACUCAUUGCACUUCAACACAGAGCCAGCCGCUGUGACACGCAAAAAACCGCGGCGUCCUCCUCGGAAGCGGAAGCGCUUCAGCUUCCAGGAGCGCUUCCGGUGAUCGUGAAGCGCCUCAUGGAGCGUGCGCACGAGCGCCGCACGACAGGCGGCGGAAAGCAUGUCUUGGCGGCGGAACUUCUUGAAGAGCUGCACCCCUUUAACGCAGCUCAGGUGACGGGGGCGAUUGUGAGUCUUCACAGUCCAACGAGUCCACUGGAGAAUCAGGCCUUGGUGAUGCUCAUGCAAGCAGCGGCCUGUGAUAUGCACGAAGCCUUUGACGGCCCAGUGAAGUCGGGAGGCGCCUGUUGGGCUCCGCUUCAGGUGGUGCGCGAUUCCGUGCUGUCAGCUGGUCGACGACCUUUCUUGGAUGUAUUCCAAGAGAGAAAGACUGCGCAAGACAAGCUGCUUGUGGCCUCCGCAGCCUUGCGAGUGAGCAUCGAGCUGUUUGAUAAGAAGAAGGCAUGUCCUGUUUGCCUGUCACCUGGCUACAGCAGCUUCGAGCCUUUCGCGGGAUUGUGUGCAGCACUUGCCAAUCUGUACAAGCUCGUGUCGCCCUUUAUCGAGGAGCACAUCGAAUUGGUGACCGAGGCCUUUGAGAAAUUGGCCGCGGCUUGCGAACAUUUGGCCCUUGGUGAUGCCGCCCGCGAGCCUUCUGGCUUGGCUCGGCUGGCCGAUGCGUUCGCGACCCUCACCUUCAGCCGUGCGGUGUCGCCUUCCCAGCGCUUCGUGGCCGCAGCGCAGCGGGGCCUGGCACAAGUGUCGAAGGUGCUCGUGGCGACUGACAUGAGGGAAGCCAAUGGCUGGAACCUCUUGAACUUGGCUACCAUCGCUGCUUGCUACGCCAGCGGCGCUUCAAGAAGCGCCGUCGCGGCGACGCGCACGGACGAGGAGCUCUUCACGAAGCUGGCGGCGGCAGCCAAUCUUUCAUCUGAGAAGCUGAAGCGGGAGGUCGUAUUGAAAAUGAUCAGCAGCUUCUACCAGGCUGGCUUCCUCAAGAAGCUGGAGCAGUUCUUGAAGGGAUUGGCGGCAAAGAGCUGGUUCCAAGAGAAUGUGGCGGACUCUGAGGAGAAGGACAUUCCCUCACUGGUGGCGAGCAUGAUGUGUGCCGCCUCGCUGGCCGAAGUGGAGAAGCGCCUGCCGAAGGACCGGCCAGAUGAACUCCUCACCUCCACCAUGGUCUCGAUCGUCAAAGAGCUCGGGGAGAGCACCAACAUUAAGGCAGUGCAGUUGACGAGCACUGUGCUGAAGAUGCUGGUAGCGGCGAAAGGAAGCGGCGCAGAGUUGGAGAAGGCCCUUUGCGACGCUUCAGCUUCUUCGCUGCGAAGAGCUUGGUGCACCAGAUCGCAACUGGAGUCUUUGCCGAGAGCGACUGCAGGCUGGCCUGAUCUGAUCAGAUCCUUGGAAAGAUUGCUGAGUCCUUUUACCGGAGCACAGAUUCGGGUACCCCGCAUGGAAGCUGCUUGCGCUGGACGUUUCAUGGAAGCCCUCCAGAAGACCGUACUCCAAAGUGAGAAGCAUGACUCCCACGUGCUGAAACACAUCCUAACUGCUGGGCUUCUCUUCUCACCAGAGGCCUUUGCCUCCAUGCCCUCACUCGUGGAGACCCUUGCGAUCUGCUUGAAGCACCUGGUGAGCGACUGCUUGGAGGCGGAGAGGAUGAAGGCCUUGGUGCAGAAGAUGAUGCCAUCAGAGAGUUCAUCGAGUCCAUCAGAGCUCCAGAGCUGGACGGAGCUGUUGGAGGGUAUCAUUAUGGAUGGCAAGAUCUGCAAGCAGUGGGAUGAAGUGGAAAUGAUGAUCGCCGGCAGCGGGAAGGAGAGAUUGCAGCUUCGUGAGAUCCAAGAUGCCCUUGGGCAGAGUUGGUUGUCUAUCCUUUUGGCCAGAAGCCAAAAGCUUUCUUGGAUGGGUGGUCGAGCGAUCCGAGCCCAUCCAGCCCGUGUCCGGGCCGCCUUGCGCGAGUUGGGCUUGAAGAUGGAGAAGGCUGGAAUUCCCAUGGCGAAGGUCACCUCAUUGCAGCCAGAGGAGGAACCUCCUGUUCCGCAGGUGCAAGGCCCAAAGCCACGUUCGCGCUCCCGAUCGACCAAAGAUGGUGUCAUCACUGUGUCCAACUGCAGUGAUCCACGCUUGGGCCUCACCUUGGAGGGUCAGUACGCGAGAGAUGGCACUAACCACAACAAGGCCGUGUACCGCCGCAUCGAAGCGGAUCCCAAAGGGUCCCAUCUCCCGAUCAAGCUCUACUAUUGGGACGACCGUGAUGGCAAGGAGAAUCAGGGAUGGUGGUUUGGUCCGACCGUCGGCGGUGAAGAGGUGUGGCUGCACAACCCAAGGGCCUUGCACUUUCCGCCAGCAGAUGGAUGGGACUUUUCCCUGAAGGUUGCAUUGAACCACCGCGCCCCCGCAGCUCCAAAGGGCAAAGCAAAGGCGAAAGCAACGGCCCCACCAGCAGCCGCUAGCAGCGCAGCACCAAGCACAGUUGACCCACCUGCCAAAGCAGCUAAGAAGGCAAGACUCAGUGAGGAGAGCGAGGAGGAUGGCUUUCCUGAGUUGACGAGGUGGCUGAGGUCUUUAGCGCCAAGCAAUCCACACCAGCUGAUGAAGUACUACUCGGCCCUUGUCACCCACUUCGAAGGUGACUUGCAGCAGAUCGCUGCGGCCAAGAUCGGUGACGCCGAGAGGGAUGGAGUGAAGCGAGUGGAACCGGCGUUCUGGGAGGCCAUUGGUUGCACCAAAGCUGGUGACAAGCUCCGAUUGGCAAAAGGAAUUGCCCAACUUCCAGACUAG